GCCAUCAAACACCUGGUGGACGACGCUCCUCUUUCAUACACCGUUUCAAUUGUCACCGACUGCGAGCCGUCGCACGUUUUUCUUUGACCCCAUAAAACCCACCCCCCGCCUCCUUCCUCCUCCGUUGUAUCGCAAACCACUAAGAGAGAGAGAGAGAGAGAGAGAGAGAGAGAGAGAAUGUCAGGGCUAACAUGCAACUCUUGCAACAAGGAGUUUCUGGACGACUCGGAGCAGAAGCUCCAUUACAAGUCCGAAUGGCACCGCUACAAUCUCAAGCGCAAGGUAGCUGGGGUUCCUGGAGUGACAGAAGCGUUAUUUAUAGCGAGACAAGCUGCACUUGCUCAGGAGAAAAACAGUGUGAGUGAAACCCCAAUGCUCUACAGUUGUGGUCUUUGUGGCAAAGGGUAUAGAAGUUCUAAGGCUCAUGCUGAGCACCUCAAGUCACGAAGUCACAUUCUGCGGGCCUCUCAAGGGGCCAGUGAACAGGAAGAGAAGCCAAUAAUUAGGCCACUUCCGAGUCGUGUUGUUAACAAAGCUCCCCCGAAAAGAGAGGCAAAUGAUGAGGAAACUGAUGAAAGUGAAGAUGAGUGGGUGGAGUUUGAUCCUGACGAAGACUUGGCAAAAUCUUUGACUGAUAUGAAUGUGGAUGAGCAUGCAUCUGAAGAGGAUAUGGAUGAAGAUGACGACUUUGAGGAGUUAGAUCCAACUUGUUGCUUUAUGUGCGAUCAUGAUCAUGACACCAUAGAGAGCUGCAUGGUUCACAUGCACAAACAACAUGGAUUCUUCAUUCCUGAUAUCGAGUAUUUAAAGGAUCCAAAAGGCCUCCUUACUUAUCUAGGUCUCAAGGUUAAAAGGGAUUUCAUGUGUCUGUACUGCAAUGAUAGCCGCCAUCCUUUUAAUAGUUUGGAAGCAGUUAGGAAGCAUAUGGUGGCAAAAAGCCACUGCAAGGUACACUACGGUGAUGGUGACGAUGAAGAAGAAGCUGAGUUGGAAGAGUUCUAUGAUUAUAGCAGCAGUUAUGUGGAUGAGGCUGGCAAACAACUCGUAGUAUCCGGUGAUAUGGCUAACAGCGUAGAACUUGGGAGUGGUGGCUCUGAGCUCAUUAUUACUAGAAGAUCUGAUGAUGGUAUAUCAUCCAAAACACUUGGUUCCAGGGAAUACUUGCGCUAUUAUCGCCAGAAGCUGCGUCCAUCACCUACUAAUGGUGUCGCCAUUACAGCUGCAUUAGCCUCAAGGUACCGAAGCAUGGGAUUGGCAACGGUGCAGUCAAAAGAACGAAUGGUCAGGAUGAAGGUACUGAAGGAAAUGAGAAGAUCGGGAGUGGAGGCUAUGCGGAGUAAGAUGGGAAUGAAAAGCAACGUCAUCCGGAACCUGCCCAAGAAUUGCACAUAUUAGUCUCAACACCUGCGAUAUCUGGAGCUGAAUGAUGAGUGUUGAGAGCCUGAAGUUUUUGAUGUAUUUUUCUAUUUUUCUGAGAGUUUUUCUACCAGUAAACAUCUUUUAAGUUGUAUCUUUUGUAUUUUAAAACCUGUUUGAGCAUAAAUAGCAAGUGGCAGUAUUUCGUUUGUAUGAACUACAAUUUUUACCAUCAUGCAAUACAAGUAAUCACUUUUUUCGCCGGC